UAGCACUAUGUGGCUCUUCAAGCUUGUCAAACCAAUCCAUUGCUUUCGCGCCAAUAGUCACGCAUCUGUUGUUUCACGCCAGUUCAUUUUUACAACCGCAACAGUACAUUCCCAACCAAAAAUGCCUGAACAAAAGUGCGUGCUGAAGUUUGCUAAACUCACCGAAAACGCUUUUGCGCCAACGAGAGGUUCCGCCAAGGCAGCGGGCUACGAUCUCCGAAGCGCUUACGAUUACACGGUCCCUGCUCGGGGCAAACAGCUCGUGAUGACCGACAUCCAGGUCCAGGUGCCGGAAGGUUGCUAUGGCCGGGUGGCUCCACGUUCCGGUUUGGCCGUGAAAAACUUCAUCGAUGUGGGCGCCGGUGUCGUCGACGAGGACUACCGGGGCAACGUCGGAGUAGUACUGUUCAAUCAUUCUGAGAACAACUUUGAAGUUAAGAAAGGUGAUCGCAUCGCACAGUUUAUUUGCGAGAAAAUAGCUUAUCCGGAUUUGGAAGAGCUUCCAACGCUUACCGAUACAGAGCGUGGAGCUGGUGGUUUCGGAUCGACCGGCACUAAUUGAAUUGCUGCGACGGGCAUGAUUAUCGUUCGCAUUGCCAUUGUGUUGUUAUUAAGUAUAUUUUGUAAUAAACAUUAAACAUUCUAAAAAGUA